AGCCCUUUCUUUUUGAUCCGAAAGAGGUAACCCUGACACGAUUAGUUGAAAUCAUAAAACCGAAACUGAUCAUCUGCGGAAAGAAUGAGCACUCGACUGUUGAAGAAGCACUAGGGAACAUACUUGAAAGAAAUGGGGAUUGUUACUGUGUUUCUUUCGGCACUUCCGAUUCCAACAAAAUGGCAGGAACAUUUUGUAGCCACAAGGAGUUCUUAAAGAAUGGAGAGGCUGUGUCAGAAGAACAACUACAGUCUUCCAAACGCCAUGUUUCACAAGACGAUAAUGCGUGGAUGUUAUCGUCAACUGGAACAACAGGACAACCGAAACUGAUAUAUGUGGGGCAUCAUGCAUUGGUGAACUUUGCCAAAUUUUCUGUCAUCAGAAAGAAUCCCCAGAAGAAGCCGCAAGUCGAAGCGUGGCUUAACACUAACAACGAUGACAUCAUGCCUGUCACCCAGGCUCUGGCUAUUUUGUAUCACUGGAGGUUGGAUCACGUGGGCCUCAUGCUGCCGAGUACUCUCGACUACACAGCGGAAAGUGUGCAGACACUCACAGAGAUCAUUGAAAGAGAGAAGAUCACGACGAUAUCUAUGCUGCCUUUUUGGGUUGUUGGGUUCAUGGAACAAGAUACAACUUCCAGAUACAAUCUGUCGUCGCUCAGAUCCGGUUUACUUGUUACCCAGGCUGUGAGCAAAGAAGUUCGACGGAAAAUAGCUGAGGAAUAUUCCGAUUUUGUGGUAGGUUUCGGGGCAACUGAGUUCCUGACGGCCAUGACCACGUCUCCUGACAUGACGACAAGGGAGCAGUUCAUCUCGUCGGCGGGAUAUGCUAUGCCGCAUGUUGAGAUCAAGGUGAUAAAUGAUGAGGGUGACAUCCUAACGGUCAACAGUAUUGGGGAGCUGUGUUUCCGGGGCUGGCCACGGUUCAAUGGAUAUCAUACCAGUUCCGCCAAUACACAGAAGGUCCUUGACGCGCGGAACUGGUUCCAUUCUGGUGAUAUUGGAAGCAUGGAUUCCACUGGUCACGUGGAAGUAUUGGGUCGUAAGUCAGACUGCAUCCGCUACAAAAAGAAGGGCGAUGUCGUCUACCCGGAAGUUGUUGAAGCUGCAGUGAGACAACACGGGAAAGUUCGAGACGUGAAGGUCGUGGGUGUGAGCGACGACAAAUUUGGUGUUGCCAUUGUUGCUUGCGUCAUAUUACGCGAGGGUGCUGUAGCCAAGAGCGAGGACAUAACGACAUUUCUGCUCACUAAGCUGCUUGAAAGGGACCGACCAGACCGUGUUCUAUUCUUAGAUGAGUUUCCAAAAGUUGGAGCACGAAAGAAGGUGUCCCGACCUCAGUUGACAGACAUUGUCAAGAAGAUACUCGUAUCUGAUGUGUGAGCGCAUGCGCCAAGUGUACCACAUUGUGACAUUGUAGGAAUAUCGCGGUGGAUAUAUAUUUCCUACUUUUUUUUAAAUUUUACGUUUCUAGUUCACUUUUUAAGAGAUGCGGCUAUAAAUCCAUCUAAACAAUAACGUAUUUGCACACAAAAACAAUACAAUAAGACAGUUUGACAGAAAAUGGAAAAAAUUGGCAAAUGAAUUGUCUGGUUAAUAUGUCUCUA